CUGUCGAAGGGGUCAGAAAUAAGACAGAUAGCGGAUCGGCCGCUGGGGCGGAGAGAAGAGAAGGGGGCGGGGAGAAAAGUUUCCUGUGGAACUUCUUCCCCCACUCGGAGCUCCGCGGCCGCCUAGCCGGGGCUGGCCGGGCUGCGGAGAGGCAGGCGGCGGCGGGGCUGCGGGACUGAGCCCAGGGCGGCGGCGGCGGAGGCGCUGGGGGGGCUGGAGGGCUAGGCGCGGGAUCGGGCCCCCCCUCCCCGCCCCUCACUAGAGCGCAGCGGGGCAGCGGGCCCGGGGAGCAGCGGUGGAGGGGGCGCGAGAGCGGGAGCCGACGGCGGCGGCGGCCGAGGCGUAGGGGGGCGAGCAAGAUGAGCCUGCUGUCAGCCAUCGACACCAGCGCCGCUUCGGUCUACCAGCCGGCCCAGCUGCUCAACUGGGUCUACCUGUCCCUGCAGGACACGCACCAGGCGAGCGCCUUCGACGCCUUCCGGCCAGAGCCGGCCGGCGCCUCCCACCCGGAGCUGGGCUACGGCAAGGGCAGCCCCGAGCAGCUGGGUUCGCCCCUCAAUUCCAGCUAUCUCAACAGCUUCCUCCAGCUGCAGCGCGGAGAGGCCCUCAGCAGCAGCCUGUACAAGAGUGCAUCUCCCUAUGGCUCUCUCAACAACAUCGUGGAUGGGCUCAGCUCCCUCACCGAGCACUUCUCUGACUUGUCUCUCUCCUCGGAGGCCCGCAAGCCCAGCAAGAGGCCACCCCCCAAUUACCUUUGCCACCUCUGCUUCAACAAGGGGCACUACAUCAAAGAUUGCCCUCAGGCUCGCCCCAAAGGUGAGGGUCUGACCCCAUACCAGGGCAAGAAGCGUUGUUUUGGAGAGUACAAGUGCCCAAAAUGCAAGAGAAAAUGGAUGAGUGGGAACUCUUGGGCCAACAUGGGACAGGAAUGUAUCAAGUGCCACAUCAAUGUGUAUCCUCACAAGCAGAGACCUUUGGAAAAACCAGAUGGCCUGGAUGUCUCCGAUCAAAGCAAAGAGCAUCCUCAGCACCUGUGCGAGAAGUGCAAAGUCUUGGGCUACUACUGCCGGCGAGUGCAAUAAAACCUCCCAGUGAUGGUGGGCCUUCCCACUGCCCCUCAGCCCUCAGAGCUUCUGGUGGCAGAGCACCCUGGGGCUUCUUGUUCCCUACCCAAUCUGCGAGAAUCCUGACCUAAAUGCAACCUUUGGGAAGAAAAGAAAUCAUCAGUUAUCACCUAUCUAUAAAGGAAUAACAUGCCUUACAGUUAACAGAAUGUAACACUUGUGUGUGUGUGUGUGUGUGUGUGUGUGUGUGUGUGUGUGUCUGGUUUUUUCCCUCCUGUGUGUUUCUGGGUGCACCUGUACACAUGCAAGAUGUAUUUAUAGGAAUCUGGGUUUUUGUCUAGUGUUUUAAGACACAAAGUGUUACUGAAAAUGUUCCUGAUGGGACCGCCACCAGGCUAGGUGGGGGAGAGAAGGGGUGGGGGCUGUCCCAUUGAUUGUUUACACAGUUUUUCCAAUGUCCUGGCCAAGAGAGGCAAAGGAUUGGACCCUUGGUCCUUUUGGAUAUGAGGAAGAGCUGAGCAGGAGGCUCAGGAGCAUUAAGGGGAGGCAAUGAAUGUGGACAGACCUCUAGAUCCAUUCCACUUUCUGGGGUCAGUCGAGAUGAACUAAAAUCUUGACUUCUGCCAGUUAUGGGGGUCUACUAGAGGUUGAGGGGGGUGGUAUUAUAUCUUUUCCUUGGCCACCACUGCUCCUGCCUUCCACUCACCACCUGACAGGCUAUGAACACAUGGCUCUUUUCUCAGGUCUCUUCCUGUCCAUUGGCCCCCUCUGAGUGUCCAGUUCAGCAUUAGGCCACAAACGCACUAAAUUUACUGUGAAUAACAGGGAAACUAAAGGCAUCCCUUUUCUUCCCAAGCCUGGACAGCUACCCUGAUUUUGUAAUCAUGUGAAAAGCCACUUUUAGGGGGAAAAAUUAUAUAUCUUAUUUUCUAUUCAGUAGAUGAGCUAUUAAUCCAAGAAAACAUUUACUCACAUGUAGCAGAAGGGAGUGAGGGAAGUAGGAGGAAGCUCUGACUAGUGGACUCCAUGUCUGUUCCCUAAAUACUCCCUUCCUUUAUGCCUCCAAACCUGAAACUACCCUAUAUAUUUCUAGUAUUUGGGAAGGUGGCAGCUCCUUGUCCAGAGUGAAGAGGUGAGGAAAAAAGAAUUGGACGCUAUGGCAAAAAUACCUUAAAGUAUCAGGUGAGCUUUGGGGCCUUCCUUGUGAGCUUUUGGGUAGCCAGGCUUUGGUGAUCAGGCCACAGACUGUCCAGCCAUCAUUACUCCUCCUCUGGACUUUUUGUUUUUAAUUGCUGCUCCCUUUCAGAUCUCUCUCCUCAUCAUUUCCCUCUGUGGAAUUCCCAAGGGGACAGAGGGCCACAUCCCUAAACUACAGCUGAUCAGCCACCAAGACUUUUUUCUGAGAUUCUAGCAGCUUCUUAAUUAUUGCUUCUCAGCCUAGUGAAAGGGCAGUGAGAGGGACUGUAUAAAACUUCAAAGAGUUUACACUUAGAUCUCUAAGAAUGACUGACCAGUGAAUUGAUUGCUUGCCCAUACCUGCUUUUUCCCCUUCAAUGGGCCCUUCCUAAGAAAAAAGCCAGACUUUUAGUGGCUGUGAUUUUCCCUAUGUAGUUUUCCCAUCUGAAGUCUUCAUCAAUGUCUAUUAUACGGCCCAUGACAAAGGGAUUGGGAUGAGGUCUUCUAGUCUUCAUCACUGCAAUGUCCCUCUUCCCCCUCAACCCCUCUCCUCCUGGCUCCUCCAGUGAUGUCUGGUAACCCUGACCUACCACUGCGCCUCUCUCUGUGCCAUACAUAGGUUUCCCUCUCUGUAAAUGGGAAUGAUGGUUUUCCUACUUCCUAAGAGAAUGAAGAAACCUAGUCAAGCAAACACUAGUCAAGCAUCCAGCUGUCUUGGAGACAGCAGGUGCACGCUUUCCCUGGGGCAAUGAAACUGUAUUUAUGUUAUAUACUUUUAUCUCUUGGUGAUAGCCAUAUAUUCAGAAUUAGCUCAUUCAGUUUGCUCCUGGGCAUCUGAAAAAAACCAAUCAGACCAAGGAAUGAGACUGAAACUCUGUGUUUACCAUGGGUCACCCAAAUUAGACCUGAAAAGAAUCUGUUUUGAAGUAGAAAAGCAUUUGUAGUGAGCGGUUGACAAGUUACAGUUAAGUGUUUAACUGGGGAUCCAGGUCAUGAGAGAGGGUGUGUGUAUGGAUGCAGCAAGGAGGAGUAGGUUAGACUGAAGGUAGCCUCUGCCCCUUGAGCACUUAAUGGAAUAUUAGCAACAGCCUGGUGGUAAAAGUGGCUGAAUUUGGAGUCAGAGAGACUCAGUAGCUGAGCAAAUCACCUCUGUUUGCCUCAGUUUCCUCAUCUGUAAAAUAGGGAUAAUAAUAGCAUCUACCUCACAGGAUUUCUGUGAGGAUGAAACAAGAUAAUGUAUGUGAAGUGCUUUGCAAACUUUAAAGUGCUAUAUAAAAGCUAACUAUUUUAUAACAACUUCUCCUUCCCCUCUUCAGUAGGGGUAGAAAGAUAGGGCACCUCAGCUCCCCUCUCCCCCAGAUGGAGACAACCACUGAGCGAAUUUCUACAACCAAUUUUCUAUACCAUUCCAGAAGGCGCUGGUAUGGUGCUGAUCAUGGCCUUUUCCUUGCCAUUUUCUAUUUGAGAAAGGGAAUAUUUUAAUGCUUAUCAGGAUUAUAAUAGCCAUAAGAAUAAUAUUAACUAUAAUAAUAAUGGUGGAGGGCAGUGUAACUCUUUUGGACCAUUACAACCCAGCUGUGUUGUCAGCCCAGUGGUUCACAAGGACCUAUCUCCAUAGGAUGGUUCCUGAACAAAUUCCAAACCUUUCAGAUCCUCUAAAUUUCACUUGACAUGCAAAGAAAACCACAAGCAGAAAAAUUUUCUUGCUAUCUGCCCAUCCUGUAGGAUACAGUCUAUAACUUAAAAUAUAAAGCACGGCUUCUUAAACUUUUUCCAUUCACAACCCCUUUUCACCCAAGAAAUUUUUAUGUUAUCCCAGAGAAAUAAAAUAGGUAUAUAAAGCAAACAUUUGUAGAUAAUAAAUAAUGAUUUUGCAACCCCCAUUUUCACACAAUUUAGGAAGCUGGGAUAUAAAGUAAGACAGAGGGCAGACGGAAAUGCCCCCUACAGAACUAACUUUCCUGGCUUCUAUCACUCGUCUAGCCAUUGAGAAGCCUGAAUUGCCAAGAUGAUGACAGGAGAAAACAGUUCAUAGUGACAGCCAGGGUCGAGGGCUAUUCUGCCCAGUGAACUACCUGCUGUCCCAACAGGAAGACUGUGACAAAUGUCACAGUUGGUGAUCUCAGUUACCAUCAAGCCAAUCAAUUGGUAAUUUGUAUUUGUUGGCCAAAACAUACUUUUAUACCCUUCUCCCAAUCCCCACUUUGCCCUUGGCCUGUAUCUGCAUAUAUCUAUUUUCUCUCAGCUAUAUAUACCACUGCUGUCCAAGGGCUGGUGCUACACAGUUUGAGUGCUCAAGGGGCCCCAAAGGUCCUGGUUGACUUGAGGAAGGAUUGUGGUUUUAGGAAGAUAUUGAAAAGGGACAAUCGUAUGCAGUUCAUUGACGCUUUUGAGUGAUCAUUAAUGUUUACCCCUGUAUGAAGUAUUCUACAGUUCUCUUGACAGAUCUGUAUUUAUCUUGAGUUAUACUUGACAUAGAAAUCCUUUGGGUUUUUUUUUUAAUACUAUGUGUGUAUUUUGGAAAACUUUGUAGAUGUUAAAUUUUCUGAAGGAUUACAAAUAUUUCUUGUAAUACUGAAAUUGUUAUCUUCUUCUCCAGAAACUCUUUGCAAUUUUUGUCUGUAUAUAUUUGAGGGCCUUAAAAAAGGGAAAAAGGAAGAAGAAAAGAAAAAAAGGAAUGGCUUGCUUUUUAUUGUUGUUGAGGUUUUUUUUGUUUUUUUUUUUUUUAAGAGGCAUCUUCACAAUUUUAAACUAUUCAGAAGGGCCUGGUUCUCCAAUUGAAUAUAACCAAGCUAAGAGUUUCCUUAAAUAUUCUGCAAACUCAGAGUGUAUCCUCAAGAAAAUAUUUAUGAUGGGAAAUUGUCUCUUUUUUUUCAAUUUUUUACAAUGCUUUUUGUCUGUAUAAAAUAUGCAACCGAACUACAUUGAGAAGGAAAUAUUGUCUACAUAGAAUAUUAUAUGAAAGUUGGUACAUAAUUCUGAUGAGAAGAAUCCUUGCAAUUCUUUAAGCCAUAUUGUUGUUUUGUGUUUUCCUUGGAUGAAAAUAUCAGUAUUAAGUAACCAAUAUAUUAUUCAAGUGUUUAGACAUAUUAAUAUGCUUAUGCAGUUUAUUUAUAUGUGUAUUUUGGGAAGUAUUACCUUUUAAGGAAAGCUAUAAUUAGAUUUGUUAGCAAGAAAGGAAACCGAGAAUAUUUUAUUCUUCUUUACUUUAUGACCAGACCCAAGAUCCCAGUUCCUGGAGGGAAGCCCAGCUCCUGAACAUUUGGGAUUACCCAUACCCUAUCCUGUAAUAUAAUUAUAAUCUAUUUUCUCUCUCUCUCAUUUUCUUAAACUUUUUAUUUUUAAUUUUAAUGGGGGGUUGGGGAAGGAAGGAACAUCUGGUGAGGUCCUCUGUUUGACAAACUUGUCUCACAUGACCAUUUGCCAGCUCUUGAGAGAAACCAUGGUCCAGACUGUUCUCCUAAUGGGAACAGGACACUCCAUGGGAUGACCUCUAGGAUGAGGUCAGCCAAGGGAAGAGAAAGGAUGAAGAGAAUUUUCAGAUCCUCGGGUGCCCAUUAUUGCAGGAUUUGCAUGAUCUUACCCUUGGUGCAUUACACAGGGCCUAAUUCUGUAACAAAUUUUGUUGUGGUUGUCAUUCUGAAGGGAAGCCCUUACCCCGAUCCUCUGAUAGACUCCAGUUUUACACUAAAUGAAUAUUUAAUCCAACAAUCACUACAUUUAUACUAGAAAGACAACUAACACAAUAGUUUAUGAGUUCUUAGAGCUUUACAGAAGUUAACCUAAUGAUUAGUCUUGGGGUUAUUGAGGUGGGGAAGGGGCUUCUGUCUCUCUUGUCAUCUGUUACCCACUGACCUUUGUCAGCCUCAGUUGCCUUCAUGUAUUGAGUCCCCAUCCCCUGUCUGUAUCUGUUAAUAUGUGUGUAUACAGCUAAAAGACAAACAAGACCUAAGGACAAAGGCUUAGAGGGUGCACAGAGGAGGUGGCCCAGUCUGCCCUGACCUCUCAGCCAAAGUGUCCAUAGGUUGGCAUUCCAGCGUGUGCCUUAUCUCCUGGAUACUACGUAUUACAGCUUCCUUAUAGAAUCAUAGCCUUUUCAUGCUGUAUUAAAAAAUACUUUUAAAAAA